AGAUCGAGUUUGCGAUAGGAUUAGCAUCAGAUCUGGGCAAAUCUUGUCUGGCAACACAGAGCGCACUGUUUAUGUUGGUCUGUUUUCUCUCCCUCUCUUUCAAUUUUGUUCUCGAUCUGCCUCUUCGGCCUUGCUUGUUCUUGAUGAAAAAUAUUUUCUGGCGUAAUGUUAGUUUUCCGCAAGAAAAUUCGCACUUUCUGGUGAAGAUGUGUAAUGUUUCCAAAAAUAUUUAGCGUUCUGUGUGUUUCGAAGGAUAGUUGAAUGGUUCGUCUCGUUGAAAUUUGUAGUUUUCUUGGAAACAUCGUCUUUUGAUUUCUCCUUUGUCGGGAAAAAAAUGAGGUUUCGCACGGUGCGAAAUAAGAAUACGAAAUAUAUUCUUAUUUGUGUUAAACUACUGGGAGAAAAAAAUGAUAAACCCUUUUUUAUUUUGCCGAAUUUUUGUGCAGAUAGUUUACCGAUUAAAUAAAUUAUUUCAUAUUGUUAACGAAGACUGGAAGAGGCCGAGGUGCUUGUGCUCUGCAGGCGCGGCCGCCCCCAAGAAGCUGUCUCCCUGUUCUACACUGUCAAUGGGCCGCCAUCGUCACCAUCUCAAACCUGCCAAAUUUACGCUUCCCUCUUCCAUGAAUGCGCUCGCCAUGGUCUCAUCCAGCAAGGCCAAGCCCUCCACGGCCACCUGCUUGCCCACAACCCCACCGCCCAUUCUGACCUCUACAUUACCAACCAUCUAAUCAAUAUGUACGCUAAAUGCGGUUACUUAGAGUACGCCCGCCGGCUGUUUGAUGAAAUGCCGCACAGAAACAUUGUUUCUUGGACUGCUCUCAUUUCUGGUUAUGCACAACACGGCCGAGCUGACGAGUGUUUUUGUGUGUUUUCGGACAUGCUGAUUUACUGCCGACCGACUGAAUUUGCAUUCGCAAGUGUUCUUAGUUCGUGUGGCAAGCACGAUGGCAACCGUGGACGGCAGGUACAUGCCUUUGCCUUGAAAACAUCCUUUGAUGUUUAUGUUUUUGUAUCAAAUGCUCUGAUUUCCAUGUAUUUCAAGAGCUGUGAUUGUGGUGGGAUUGGCAAUGUUGAUGGUAAAGAUGAUGCUUGGACUGUGUUCAAGACUAUGGAGUACCGCAAUUUGAUUUCUUGGAAUUCAAUGAUUGCAGGGCUUCAGCUUUGUGGACUUGAGGCUCAAGCUAUCAGUGUUUUCUCCCAAAUGCAUUGUGAUGGCGUUGGGUUUGAUCGUGCAACACUGCUGAGCGUCUUUUCUUCCCUCUGUGGAAUCAACUGCAGUGACAUCGAUUUGGGUCUUAAGGCUUGUUUUCAGCUGCACUGUCUCACAAUCAAAACUGGGUUUCAUUCAGAAACUGAAGUAGCGACUGCUUUAGUGAAAGCUUACUCAAAUCUUGGAGGGGAGGUAGCAGAUUGCUAUGGGAUAUUCUUGGAGACAAAUGGCUGUCGGGAUGUUGUUUCAUGGACUGGGAUUAUAACAGCAUUUGCUGAACAGGCCCCAGAAGAAGCCCUCUUCCUUUUCUGUCAGUUCUGUCAAGAGGGCUUGACUCCAGACCGUUAUACUUUGUCAAUUGUAUUGAAAGCAUGUUCUGGCCUAGCAACUGAACGAUGUACUUGGGUUGUCCAUGUGCAGAUUAUCAAAGCUGGAUUUGAAGAUGACACUGUGCUUAAAAAUGCUUUGAUUCAUGCAUAUGCAAGGUGUGGCUCGAUUAUUUUGUCAAAAAAAGUUUUCAAUGAAAUUCUUAUUCAUGAUAUUAUUUCUUGGAAUUCAAUGUUGAAGGCUUAUGCUUUGCAUGGGCUGGCUACGGAGGCAUUGCUGCUUUUUUCACAAAUGAAUGUCAAGCCUGAUGCCACGACCUUUGUUUCUCUCCUCUCAGCUUGUGGCCAUUCUGGAAUGGUCAAAGAAGGAACUAAAGUUUUUGAUGCAAUGUCCACAAAUUAUGGUAUUGUUCCUCGAAUUGAUCAUUAUGCAUGCAUGGUUGACAUUCUUGGACGAGCUGGGCGGAUUCCUGAAGCUGAGGAGCUUGUAAGCAGAAUGCCAAUGAAGCCUGAUUUUGUGGUGUGGAGUGCUUUGCUUGGAGCAUGCAGAAAACACAACGAGACUCGAUUGGCCAAGUUAGCAGCCACUAAACUGAAUGAGUUGGAGCCCACAAAGUCAUUAGGAUAUGUGCAGAUGUCAAACCUAUAUAGCUCAAGUGGUAGUUUUAAUGAAGCGAGUCUAAUUAGGAAAGAGAUGAGCGGCAGUAGAGUGAGAAAAGAGCCUGGACUAAGCUGGAUUGAGAUUGGGAAUAAGGUGCACGAGUUCACAUCUGGGGGCCGAAACCAUCCCCAAAGGGAUAUCAUAUGUGCCAAGCUUGAAGGGCUGGUGGGACAGUUAAAGGAGAAAGGUUAUGUGCCAGAAACAAGCCUAGCACUGCAUGACGUAGAGGAGGAGCAAAAGGAGGAGCAAAUGUAUCAUCAUAGUGAGAAGUUAGCUUUGGUAUUUGCUCUGAUGAAUGAAGGUGGUUUUGACUAUACUGGAGGUGUUAUAAGGAUUAUGAAGAACAUCCGGAUUUGUGUGGACUGCCAUAACUUCAUGAAACUGGCAUCAAAUCUUUUUCAAAAGGAGAUUAUUGUGAGAGAUUCAAACCGUUUUCACCAUUUUAGAGAUAAUAUGUGCUCUUGCAAUGACUAUUGGUAGAUGACCAGCGUUAGUCAGUUAUAGUUUGUUUUGAAGCUGCCUCUACAACAGAUUUCCAAAAAAAAUUCUACAAUAUACAUUGGUCAAACUGAAUCAUCUCAUAAAUUUCCAAAUUUCCAAACUGAAGCAUCGUCUUUUGAUUUCUCCAUUGUCGGGAAAAAAAGAGGUUUUGCACGGUGCAAAAUAAGAAUGCAAAAUAUGUUCUUUUUUGUGUUAAACUAUUGGGAGAAAAAAAUGAUAAUGAUAAACCUUUUUUU